AGAUUUCCACCGAGUAACAGCGCGUCCCCGCGGCUUCGCGGCGCAAUUUUUUUAAGCAUAAAUCAGAAAUCCUCCUGGGAACAAACCCGUGUUCACACACACGCACGCGUGGACGACGGACGGACUGACAUUUGGUAAACAUGGAUAUACAACCUCACAGCGCCGUUUUCUGUGUGACCUGCUGGUAAAAACGUAGAAGAAGGUUCCGGUGAACAGCACAUAUCUUUGUGUCAGGAAGUUUUGACGUACGCGGCUGACGAUAGUUUCUUGCUUUGUUUUGGUCGCUGAAAGUUGUGGUGGGCCGUCAAUGGCUGCAGAGAAGUGGAGUCUUUGAAAGAGACUGCGUUGCACAUAAAAGGGAAAAAGUCAGCACGGUUUUGUAAUUGAAAACACCAGGAAGGAGUUUUUUUCCAACUUGUCCUCGCGUCGCAAAAGCAACAAAAACAGUGCUAAUGUUGUGUCAUAAACACAAACAAGUAGUACUUAAUUUAAUGUAAUUUUCUUCAUUAUGUGUUUAUUUUAACCAUAUUACUACUCUUACAGGCCUGUGUGUUCGUAUAUGAUUGAAAUUUCGAGUUACAACGCGAGGCAAUUACAUCCUGUUCAGUCAUGGAACUGAAGAUCUUUGCACAGUAGAGUGUUUUGGACUCGGAACUGGCAACCCACAAAGAAAUUCUGCAAAGUUAGCAGGAAAAGAGGCCGUCAAAAUCACGAAAACCGGACGUUAUUUUUUCCCCUCCAGCCACCCGUUGCUUACAAAUGGAUUUUAUACAGGCCACACGGUUGUUGUUACACCUUUUUUGUCGGUAGUUUUAUGCUCAGUGUCACACCAUGUUUUGGAAAUGUGACUUUCCCGCAAACGCGAGCCUGCACGGGAGUAGCAACGGCAGGGUCAGUCUGAUGUAGGGCAAACCGUCGGAACAUUUUCUGUGUUGGACUCACAGCUGUUUGUUUUUAAAACUGUUUGUGCGUCUGCUACAACUUUCCACUGACGAAUAAGAAGAAAAAGAAGAACCCCCCGGUUACCUGGGGGGGUCAGCCCCGCCAAUGGCACCAUCACACACGCAUACUCUCACCGGUGUGUCGGUGUGACCGAGGAUACCGAUGGACUUGGAAGUACGCGUGGACCUUCUGCGUCAUCUCUGCCGUGAGAACCGGUAACUCGGACUCGGUUCCACGCGGGACAAGCCCCGUCCUGCCCUGACCGAGGUUGCCAAGGCGACAGGCUGCAGCACAACAGAGACGGUGUUUCUGAAGAACCGACUUGUACAGAAAGUUCACCACAAUGAACGAGAGGCAGGCUCUCCACUCGAUAAUGAAGGACCUGGUUGCCCUCCAGAUGACACGGCGCCAGCCUGUUUUGUCUUAUGACAACAGCAAACCCAAGACACUGGCUCAGACCAAGAGACAGGAUGAUGUCAGGAUAAAGUUUGAGUUCUCAGGAGAACGAAGGAUCCUGGUGUUUGGACGGCCGGUGCAGUUUGAGGAAAUCCAGCAGAAAGUUAAGACUGUGUUUGGGCAGCAGUUGGACCUGCAUUAUAUGAAUAAUGAGUUGUCCAUCUCUCUGCGAGGUCAGGACGACCUGGACAAGGCGAUCGACCUGCUGGACCGGAGCUCUAACAUGAAGAGCAUUAGGAUCCUGCUGCUCACACAGGAGCAUGGCAAUGCGUCCUCCCCCUCACAUCAUGUGGUGUGUAAGCAGGUGAGGAUUAAGUCCUCACAGUCUACUGGAGACAUGAGCACAGUAUACCAAUCCACUGAACCCAGAGGGCGCCACCUAUCAACGGGUUCUCAGAACACGGGGCGUAGCUCACCACCACCUGGCUAUGUGCCUGAGCGCCAGCAGAGGAUCGCCCGCCAAGGUUCAUACACCAGCAUAAACAGUGAGGGAGAGUUCAUCCCUGAGACCACCGAUCAGUGUGUGCUGGAUCCAUGGAGCAGUGCAGAGAACUCUGUCUCUGGUAGCUGUCAGUCUCUGGACAGCAACACAGACAGCCCCUCACUGAGGAGGUCUCGCAUGCACAGAGCCAAAAGUUACACCGAUAAUCGUCAGGAGGGCUCCGACAGGGAGAAUAAUGUGUAUGACAGGGUAGCUGGAAAGGGAGGCACCUAUCCUCGUAGGUACCAUGUCUCCCUCCAUCAUAAGGACCACAGUGAAGGUCGUCGAACAUUUCCACGCAUCCGUCGCCCCCAGGGAAACCUCUUCACUCUUGUGCCUUCACGCCGGUCACUCAAUGGCAGUGAGGAGAGUGUGGGCAGCUGGCAGCUCGUGGAUACUCAGGGCAGACUACGUCCUCAGGAUCGCUCUGUUGCCCAUAAGUCACCCAGUGCUCCAGUGACAUGGCGGCGUGGUAAACUCCUGGGUCAGGGGGCGUUUGGACGGGUUUACCUGUGUUACGAUGUGGAUACUGGGAGAGAGUUGGCUGCUAAGCAGGUCCAGUUUGAUCCUGAAAGUCCAGAGACCAGCAAGGAAGUCAGUGCUUUGGAGUGUGAAAUCCAGUUGCUAAAAAACCUGCAUCACGAGCGCAUCGUUCAGUACUAUGGCUGCCUGAGGGAUCACAAUGAGAAGACACUCACUAUUUUCAUGGAGUAUAUGCCUGGGGGUUCAGUCAAAGACCAGCUGAAGGCCUAUGGGGCCCUGACGGAAAACGUGACCCGGAAGUACACAAGACAGAUCCUUGAUGGCAUGUCGUAUUUGCACAGCAACAUGAUCGUACACAGAGACAUCAAAGGUGCCAACAUCUUACGGGAUUCAGUGGGCAACGUGAAGCUUGGAGAUUUCGGUGCCAGUAAGAGGCUUCAGACCAUCUGCAUGUCUGGCACUGGUAUCCGCUCAGUGACCGGCACCCCCUACUGGAUGAGCCCAGAGGUGAUCAGUGGAGAAGGCUACGGCAGGAAAGCUGAUGUCUGGAGCCUUGGGUGCACAGUGGUGGAGAUGUUGACAGAAAAACCCCCAUGGGCUGAAUAUGAGGCCAUGGCAGCCAUUUUCAAGAUCGCCACCCAGCCCACCAACCCUCUGCUCCCCUCACACACCUCCGACCAGGCACGGGACUUUAUCCGCUGCAUCUUUGUGGAGGCCAAACACAGGCCAAGUGCCGAGGAGCUGCUCAGACAUCCCUUCUCCCAGAUCCUGUGCUGAACCUGUCCGGUUUCUGAACCUAAACCACAGAGAUGCUUCAGCAGUGUCUGUAGCUUCCUUGGAAACCCAUCUGUGACAGACGUCCUGAUGAGUAACUGACCUGUAUGUCAAUGUUCCGCCAAGUGACCGUCAAAGGAGAGUCGGCGUUCGCUCAGACAAAUCUAAAGAAGAUGCAGUUUGACAGCUGCAGUUGACACAAUGCCUUGAAAACCAGUGUAAGUCCUUUCUUAUACCAAAGUCACCACAAGGGGGAAACAUAAUACAGAUUAAGUGACUGGUGGUGUGUUGAUUUUUGUUAGAUACACACACACGGAUGUGCACACUCCAUAUGUAGCUUCACUGAGUCAUAGCUCAUGCACCAGUUGAAUCUUCAUAAAAUAGCCACUCCUGUGUUUACAUUCACUUGUUGGGAAGUUACGAGAUAUGCCAGGACGCCUUAAGUGUUUGACUUUCAAAUUUAGAGCAGGUCUGCAGCUCAAGUGUCCCCAGUGGAUGUUGACCACUCCUGGUGCACUACAGUGUUAACUGAAUGAGUCGUUCUCAUUCAGUUAAAACUCCUCCCAUACAGUUAAAGAUUGUUAAAAGCUCUUUAAAUUAGAUUUGAUGCAGUUUGAACACCAAUGAAGUAAAAUCACAUAGAGUUAUGUGUAGAGUAGCUACACUGGAGUUUUAUUGCAAAUUAAAGUUUAGCUCAUGAAAAAAACAGUGAUAAAUUAGCUUUAUCAUAUUUUGGUUUUAAACCCCGGGCAAUCAGUUACUUUGAAAGUAUUUCAGGAAUCUUCAGUGUUAUUUUAACCAUCAGAAUUAGAAAUGAUGUCGUUUCUCGAGUUGUGAUUGCGUUUCCUCGCCAGGUCACACGUCAUGACAAAUGUACUUACUUUCUGGACACAAAGAAGUAUAAAAGUGUGUACAUAUAUAUUCUGUAUACACAGUGCUUAGCAAAUUUAUUACACCACCAUAAUGCCAUAAAUAUUUUAUAUAUAUAUAUAUAUGUACAUAUAUGUACAUACAU